AUGGGGCCUUACUUCCGCGUAAACGUGCCUGGGAGCGGGCUGCGUCUUGUUGGAGACCCGGCUCCUGAAUCUGGCAGCUGCUGGGCAGAUGUGCAAGCGGCAGGUGGGGAAAGGGAGGCGGGGGGCGAGAGGCGGGGGCUUCGGCGGAACUCGGGGCGCUUAAAGGCUGGGGGUCUGUCCGGGCUGGCCUUCGCGGGAGGGCGGGGAGAGAGGGGGGCGCGGCAGCCGGGGCGGAACCGCGCCAAGCCCUGCCCGCUGCACCUCGCUGCGCCUCCUUCCCGGGGCCGGCGGGCCGGCAGGCGCCCCCGACGGGAGCCAAUGAGCGGCCGAAGCCCUGCCGGCACCUCCAGCGGGAGCCUGCAGCUUGACUCGGAUGCGGAGCCCUCCUCGGAGGUCUGCGGGCUGCCGGGCCUUCGCUCCAAGCUCGCCAGCCGCCGCCGGCGCGCCCAGGGCCCCGGCGCGGCCGGCCAAGCCGCUCGCCAAGGGAGGGCGCGCGGCCCUUCUCCCCAGCGCGGCCAGCGGCGGGCGCCUCUCCUAGGGGCCAUGGGUAAGCAGCGGGCCGGGCCGGCGGCGGGGACCCGGCAGCGGGGGGGGGCGGAGGGGGACGGGGCGAGCAACAGGAGGGACGCUGGGACAGCGAGGCAGCGCUUCCGUCGCCGUAGGCCGCCCUGGGCCCCGGAGGCCGCCCGCGACGGUCCGGCUCCCCGGCGGGGCCCCAGGGAGGGAAACGGGCAGGAUCUUCCUCCCGGAGCGGCUUUCCGCCCGGGCCGUUUCGGUUCCGUGCAGUGUCGCGGGGGCGCUGGCGCCUUCCCUGCCUGCCGCGGCGGUCCUGGGAAGACGCCGAAAACGAAAGAGGCCGGUCGAGCCCAGCAGUCUGUUUCCAACAGGGAGCAAACGUACGGCGAGGUGAACCAGCUGGGCGGCGUCUUCGUCAACGGCCGCCCGCUGCCCAACGCCGUCCGGCUGCGCAUCGUGGAGCUGGCCCAGCUGGGCAUCCGGCCCUGCGACAUCAGCCGGCAGCUGCGCGUCUCCCACGGCUGCGUGAGCAAGAUCCUGGCGCGCUACCACGAGACCGGCUCCAUCCUGCCCGGCGCCAUCGGCGGCAGCAAGCCCCGCGUCACCACCCCCAACGUGGUCAAGCACAUCCGCGACUACAAGCAGGGCGACCCGGGCAUCUUCGCCUGGGAGAUCCGCGACCGGCUGCUGGCCGACGGAGUCUGCGACAAGUACAACGUGCCCUCCGUCAGCUCCAUCAGCCGGAUCCUGAGGAACAAGAUCGGCAGCCUCUCGCAGCCCGGCGGCGGCGGCGGCGGCGGGGGCGGGGGCCCCUACGAAGGCGGCGGCGGCGGCAAGCAGCCCGGCCCGCCGCCCGCCCUGCCCUACAACCACAUCUACCAGUACCCCUACCCGGGCGCGGUGUCCGCCGCCGCCGCCGCCGCCAGCACCAAGAUGGGCAGCCACCCCGGAGCCGCGGUCUCCGCCGCCCACGUCAGCCUGCCGCGCUCUUGGCCCUCGGCGCACUCGGUCAGCAACAUCCUGGGCAUCCGCACCUUCAUGGAACAAAGCGGAGCUCUGGCUGGGACAGAUGGCUCUGCCUACCCACACAAACUAGAAGACUGGCCGAGUGUGAACAGAACCACCUUCCCUGCUGCCGGGCAAGGUGUCAACGCGCUUGACAAAUCGGCAGCGGAAGCUGACAUUAAAUACCCCCAGCCGCCCCCUGGGCUCUCGGCUGUGAGUACCUUCCUGUCCCCGUGCGCUUACCCAUCCUCCAACCAGCCCGGGGUCUACAGCGGGCCGGGCGGAGGCUACCUAAGUCCGGCUCAUCAUCACUGGCAGACGCAAGGCAGCCCCUUGGCGCAUCACCAUGGGCCCGGCAUGGCUGUUCAUGGCGGAGAGCUGGCGCCCGCCCUGGCCUUCAAGCACCCCUCCCGAGAAGCAGGGGACAGAAAACAAGCCACCAGCUCCGGGGGGAAAGCUGCAGCAGACGCCCUCGCCAACAUCCACGGACUUUCUGUUCCAGCCUCCUCGUCCUAG